AUGGCCCCACAAUCCGACAGCAAACCCCGGCAACAACAGACACAACAGGCGCAACACACAGAGGAAGAAGAAGAGGAAGAAGACUACAUGACCAUGAACUUCGCAGAUGACCCAGCAACCGGCAUCAGCAGCAGUAUCAGCACCAGCCGGGGCCCGCGUGUGGGCGAGACGUCGCUCCAACGGCACCAGCGGCUCCGGCGCGAGGCCGAGGCGCGCGCCCGGCCCAAGUCCAAGGCGGAGCUGGCGGCCGAGGCCGAAGCCCGGCGCGAGGAGGCGCUGUCGCGCUCGCUCAUGGCCGCACGGCCCCAGAGCAAAGGGCUAGCCAUGAUGGCCAAGAUGGGCUUCACACCCGGCAGCGCGCUGGGCAGAAGAAGUGGUCCGGGGUCGUUGUCGUCGCAAAAGAGAGCAGAGGAGGAGGGAGCACCGUCAGCAGAACCGGGGGUGACUACUAGUAGUAAGGAUGAUGAUGGCGGUAGAACUGGAGGUGGCGGGGGUGACGGACCAGUCACGGAACCGCUGCGCAUAGCGAUCAAGGACGGGCGGGAGGGGAUCGGGCUCGAGAGCGAGCGGAAGCGCAAGCUGCGCGAGGCAGCCGAGGCCGCGGGGGAGCGGGCCAAGCGGGCGCGCGCCGACGAGACAGAGUACCGGGAGCGGCUGCGGCGGGAGAGGGAGGAGGCGCGCUGGGCCGGGCAGCUCGCGGCUGCGCAAAAGGUCGCCGAGAGGAUGGCUGCUGCAGCAGCCGGGGAUGAUGCUGGACUACGGGAUGGCGAGGGCAAUGAUGUCGGGACUACUACGAGUCUAGUAGGAGAGACCGCCGCUCGGCCGCUGCUCAAGUCCAUCCCCGUGGAAUGGCGCGGUCUGGUCAGGGCGCGGGAGGAGGCCGAGCGGGACCGCAGGAUGCGGUACGACCUUGAGCAGGGCCUUGCUUCGCGGCUUCCGACGUACGAGGACCCGGAGGAGGACGAAGACGACAAGAGGGCGCUGGGCAAGACGGCCCGGACGAUGUACGUUACGGCAGAUGAUUUGGAUGAGGAGGACCCCGAGCUGGAUGAGUUCGAGGCCCUGCCGGUUGACGAGAGGCUGCGCCGGGUUGUCGAGUUUCUGCGCGAGCGGCACAACUAUUGUUUCUGGUGCAAGUUUGCGUACCCGGACAAGGAGAUGGACGGGUGUCCGGGGAUGACAGAAGAAGAUCACGACUAG